AUGGGGGAGAGUGGCACUGGGCGCCCGGAGAAUUCCAGGCUUCUCAGGGGAAGGUAGAGUUAAUUCCUCCGAUACCUGUUUUGGUCCCUCCCCUCUAGAACUGGUUGGACGGCUUUGCCAGGUCUCUUCCCCGGGGCCGCUCCUUCUCUUCCUUCUCUGGACCUGGGGAGGCCCUUCACCUUUUCCCCCUCCUUUUCUUUCUUUCUUUUUUUGAAACCAACUAACAAGGCUUUGUCUGUGGGUCCUACGCAGGCCCUCUCCCCCUCCUUUCUGAAAUUGCCUCUUUGGUUACCUCUGGGACCUGCUCUUUUGUCCCCUACCCAGGUUAGCUAGCCUCCCCCCCCCUCUCUCUCCCUCUCCCCCCCUCUGUCUCACCUCCAGCCUGUCUAAUCUCACUCUCUCAGCCUGCAUCUCACCCCUCCAAACCAGGUGCUGAAGAAAGGUGCUCACGCACCCACUGGCCCCCCCAUCCCAUGGGGUCUUCUGGACUGGGCCGUUGUCGGCUGGCAUUGGUCUUUGCAGUGCUCAUGGACGCUGCGGGCACAGGAGCCCUCCUGACGGGCAUCUUUGCCCGGCUACGCCUCCGAGGCCGGGAUUUUGGGGACCUUUUGAUAUACUCGGGUGCAGUGCUGGUGUUUCUGAGCCUGCUGGGCUGGAUCAUGUGGUACACGGGCAACAUUGAGAUCGCCCCUGAAGAGCUGGCGAGGGACUACGGCGCCAAGGGAGGCACGCUGGCCCGGCUCGCCAGGAAGAUCUCACGGACUUGGUCUCGGCGCCAGAGCAGUGGGCUGGCCAUGAGGACGGUGUCGAGCAGCCGGGAAGCAGCGUAAAGGUGACCACCCACACCAAGUUUUGUGGUUAACAGAAGGAGCUUGUAUGAAGGAUGGAUGAACUCGCCAGCACGGAUGAUGUUAUUCUGCCAGUACCGGAGCUGACCUUUGGCCCACCGAAUACCAAACCAGAUUGCGGGACGCCUCUCUCCCCAGUCUGACCUGAAGCCACGCCCCCUCCGCAACAAGGAUUUUUUUGUGCGAAUUCUGCUUUGCAAUUUCAAAAACCUUUCU